GUCAAAAUUAUUCAGUAUCUGUUGUAGGUUCGUUGUUAUUAGAACGACCUCAGCCUCCAAAUUCGUUUCAUUUAUUUAACUGAAUACUUUUAAAAGACGAGCAAAGCAAGUGGUUAAAGCAGCGCUUUAGUUGUUGGUGAUAAUUAAAUUUGUGAAGCAAGAUGAAAUCUCUGUUCAUUUUCGGCCUCUUGGCCUUAUCAGCAUUCACCUAUGCCGAGGAGGUGCAAAAAUCGGCGGAGCCCAAGUCCGCUGAGCCAGCAGCGGCCGCUUCCGAAGUGAAGCCAUCCAGCACAGCCGAGAAGAAACAAGAAAAACGUGGCAUCAUCCAUGGAACCGGUUACGGUUACGGCGGUGGUCAUGGUGGCGCAGUACUUGUAAGUGGUGGACAUGGCGGUGGAUAUGGUGGCGGUUAUGGUGGCGGUUAUGGUGGUGGUGCCAUCAUUGCCGGCACUGGACUCGGUGGUGGCUUGGGUGGUGGACUUGGCGGUGGACUCGGCGGUGGCAUUUCUGUACCCACCAAUGUCCAAACCUCAUACGUGGAACGUCAAGUAGCUGUGCCUUAUCAAGUGGAACGAGCUGUGCCCUACCCAGUGGAGCAAAUCGUUCAAGUACCAGUGCAAGUACCUGUACCACAACCCUACCCCGUUGAGAAAACCGUACAUGUACCAGUCAAAGAGAUCGUCAAAGUACCUGUGCAUAUUCCACAACCCUACCCCGUAGAGAAGACCGUUCACGUACAUGUGCCCGUACAUGUGGAUCGCCCAGUACCAGUGAAGGUGCCCGUCCCAGCACCAUACCCAGUUGAGAAGAUCGUGCAAGUGCCCGUUAAAGUACCAGUACCACAACCCUACCCAGUUGAGAAGAUCGUGCAGGUCCCCGUCAAAGUACCGGUACAUGUGCCACAACCCUACCCAGUUGAGAAGAUCGUACAAGUGCCCGUCAAAGUACCCGUGGAUCGUCCCUAUCCAGUACCUGUAGAGAAACCAUACCCAGUACCUGUCGAAAAGCCCGUACCAUACCCAGUCGAGAAGCGUAUCACCAUACCUGUGCAUGUGCCAGUCGAUAAUCCAGUGCCAGUCCAUGUAGACCGUCCCGUGGCUGUGCCUGUCAAAGUUGCUGUGCCCAGGCCAUAUCCCGUCGUCAAGGAGAUCCCUGUACCAGUCGAACGCAAAGUUCCCUACCCCGUGAAGGUACCAGUCGAUGUACCACGCCCCGUGCAUGUCGAACAGCACGUCCCAGUGGCCGUUGAACAACACGUGCCCUACAAAGUGCCAGUUCCAGUGCCCGUACAUGUUCAGAGCCACGUUGCACCAGCGGCUGCGAUAAUCAGCGGAGGCUAUGGUGGUAUUGGCGGUUACGGUGGCCAUUCCAUUGGCGCCCUUGGUGGUCACUCGCUCGGAGGCUAUGGCGGUCAUUCGAUCAGCUAUGGACACGGUCACAUCCACAAGAAGAAGUAAAUUGCCAACUGCUUUGACUCGUUGAGGGUGUGAGGGACUUUUUAGUAAAAAGGCAGCAGACUUACAUAUGUACAUCUAGAAAUUACGGUUAAUUAGUUGAGAAUUUAAAAAGAACGGCCAUCAUUGCUCGAAAAAAUUACAUUAAAAAAUUGCGCAAAAUGUGGAUUGAAGUGAAAUGAGACUGAGACUAUGGUAUUCUCUGGCUCUUUCACAAUUCUGCUUCUCCAAAUGUAUAAUUUAGUUUUUAGUUUGUGAUAAAAAUUUCGAAUUAAAUGGCGGCGACGAAUGGAUAUCGGCGCUACAGCGAAAAGUGCGUGGAGACUGUCAAACGUAAAACGUAUUUGAAGUAAAAUGGGCAGACAACUCGGCAUGCGAUUGGAGGGUGUGGAACUUACAUAAGUUAAGUGUGAAUUGGAAGGAAUGGCGAGACAAAAAGAGUCGAAUUAAAUGUAAAUAGUAGAGGAGAAUAUUUUGGCUCUUCUCUGCCUCCAAA